GGCAGAACUGUGUGUGUUGAUAAAUAACACAGGUAUCUAUUGCGCGUGGCGUUGCACGCAGCAGGAGGGCGUUCCCUUAUCUUCGACGGUCGUCACUCGUGGGUUGAGAGUGUUCGGAAAAGGACGUUGGACAAGUUAUUAGCACCAGCAACAUGACCUCUGUAUGUGAACUGCCACCUCACCUGGCACGCUUUGGGCUUCUGGGAAUAUUAAAAGACCAUAACGACUGGCGUGUGGUGUCGCUAGAGUCUGUGUCUGCAGAAGUGACCAUUCGCGGCUUUGUGGCCCAAGUGACCGCCAACAUGGUAUAUCACAACCAUGCUGGACACGCACUGCAGGUGCGGGCGGUGUUGCCUAUGGAGGAGGGCGCCGCCGUGUACCACUGCGAGGCGCGGCUGGACGGCAGAACCAUUGUGACUCACUGCAUGGAGAAGAAAAAGGCAGAGAAAGUGUACAAGGAGGCUGUGAAAAAAGGAAACACAGCCAUCUUGGCACGAGAAGACCCUGACUCGAGCGACAUUCUCAGCCUCAACCUCGGCAACUUUCCUGCAGGGACGAGAGCCGAGGUUACCCUGCGUCUGGUGAUGGAGCUGAAGGUGGAAACAGACGGUGCCAUAGGGUUUGUCCUGCCCGCAGUGCUCAACCCACGCUACAUACCCGCUGACCACCCUCGCAGGAAUAGUAGGCAGAGGAGAAAUUGGAACCUGGUGUGGGAGGAGCGAGAGGUGUUCAUGCCGCAGCCUUACUCUAUGGAGGUGAAGGCGCAGGUGUGUGGCAGCCACCAGAUAGCUCGGGUCGUCUCCCACACCGACCCACUCAAUGUCUCCCUGGCCGAUGAUGCCUUGUCUGCCCAGGUGAGUCAGGAUGGAGGAUUCACCUGUGACCAUGACUGGAGCCUGCUGGUGUACUACAAGAAUGCCUACCAGCCCCACCUGCUGCGGGAGACUGGGGAACGCUCCGCCACCGGGAUCAUGAGAGAUGAUCUGCUCAUGCUGAACCUCUUCCCGGAGAUGCCGGCCCAAAGCUACUCCAACAGGAACGAGAUUGUCUUUGUCGUUGAUCGCUCAGGCAGUAUGAACGGGGAGAACAUUCAGAGUGCCCGUGCAACGCUACUUCUGUUCCUCAAAAGUCUGCCUGCAGGAUGCCUCUUCAAUAUUGUCAGUUUCGGGUCCUCUUUCUCAUCGCUCUUCCCGAAGGGGAGCCGUGUGUAUUCUGAGAAAACGCUGCGAGAGGCGUGCCAGCUGCAGGCCACGAUGGAUGCUGACAUGGGUGGCACUGAGAUCCUGGCACCCCUCAAGGAUAUCUACAACAAGCCGCCCACACCUGGCUACUCGCGGCAGAUCCUACUGAUCACGGAUGGCAUGGUGGCCAAUGUGGAGCAGGUGUUGCAGCUGGUGGGGCGCCAUGCACACGAGACACGACUGUUCGCUGUGGGUAUUGGGCAUGGGGCGUCCUCCGCUCUGGUGUGUGGGGCGGCCAGGGCAGGGCGUGGAAGGUCAGAGAUGGUCAUAAAGCAAGGACUGCUGCAGCAAAAGGUGAUGGGUCUGGUGGGGUCCAUGGUGCAGGAGAGUGUGCAGGGGGUGACGGUGUCCUGUGAGGUGGAGCCGGCCUGCAGGGUGACGCUGGUGCCCAAGGUACCGCCUGUCAUCUUUGGCGGCCAGCACCUCAUCCUCUAUGCCAGGGUGCCCCCCGCCACGCAGGUCAAGAAGAUUACAGUGCGGGGUCAGCUUGGCGCCAGUGCUGUCCUGAACACGAUGGAGGGCGAACACUUCACUGUAGUGCACGACGAGGCCAAGGCACUUCACAGGCUGGCGGCGCGCUCCCAGAUCCUGCAGUGGCAGCUCGACGAGGAGGAGGGAGUGGCAAAGGACAUGGUGGCGCUGAGUGUGGCGAGUGGUGUGGUGUGUCGCCGCACAGCGCUGGUGGGCGUGGACCAGGAGUCGGGCAAGCCUAUGCCUGAAUCACCUCUGAUAAAGACUGGAGAGGAGUUGAAUGCUCCUUUUUUGAGAAGUGGGGUAAGAAAUUUAUUUUCGAAGAGUCUAAUGCCUGUAACACUAUCAUCAUGUGCAGUAGCAUCAGCACCACAACUACUAUCUGCUGCAAGAGUACAGAGGUUUGGCAGGUCAUCAUGUGCAGUAGCAUCACCACAACUAAGACUAGAAGCACUAUCUGCUGCAAGAGUACAGACGUUUGGCGGAUCACUACCAAAUUCAUCUGCACCACCACCACCCUUCGAAGAAUCGUUCGUGCAUAGCGAGGCCACUGCUGACCCCCAGCCUCCCUCGGGCCUGAUGGCGGUGGUGAGUCUGCAGCAGUUCGAUGGGUCGUGGGGGCUGAAGGAUGCAGCGCACCUCACCACCGUGCCUCUCGACAUCCUCUCCGCCGCCAACCCCACCAAGAGUGAGGCGGCCUGGGCCACAGCGCUGGUGCUGGUGCUGUUGGAGAGGAAGUUUGGGGAGCAGAAAGAGGAAUGGGAGCUGCUGGCCACCAAGGCCGUGUCUUCCUGGCCGGGUGUGGGGAGCAGCCCGACGAACUGCUGGCCAAGGCUCAACUCACGCUGGACUCCCAGUGACUCCCCAUGCGGUGGUGGCAGCAGCGGCGGCGAGCAGAGUUACUGACUGGCUGACCCAGGCGGGCGGCCAUUGCUGGAGCCUCUUUCACCAUGAUUAUUUUCUGAGGCCACAGAGAUGAUUAUAUAGCUGUGCUCUGAAGAAUGCUUCUCCUGUCAGUAAUCUUGUUAAUCUGCCACUAGAACUGUAACAACACUCUUUAAAAUCCUGCAAUAUUUUGGCUUUGAAGGUACCAGAGGUGUGGUGCAGAGACAGUCCUUAGGGCCAUGGUGGUGUGUAGUGUUGGUGGUAGUGGGUCAAAUAGUGCCCUCACUGCCACCAUGGAGCUGUUGAACCACGCACCUCCUGCACUGCACCACUGUCAUGCUUCAAUGUGCUAAAGCACACACACACACACACACACACCACUUUUUAUGGUAAUGCACUCCACUUAUCUAUAUGUCGCUGCAUUGAGAAGAUUGCUAACAUAUACACUGUUGCUUAAAAUGAUGAGACUGGCCCCGGGCAACUAACAGUCCAUUGCAUUUGACUGUAUACUGCUGUGUUACUGUUACUUCUUAAUAGUGAAUAAAAGUUAACAAUUGGAA